CCACCAGUGUGGAUGUGCUUGUGUUUUAGUGCUUCUGCUUGCUCUGUAAACCAAUAUUCAGCUCUCUUCUCUGCAGUAGGAGUUGUUUUUUUGUACCUUCUUAUUCAGGACACAAUACUGCCUUCUGUUUGUUGCUAAAACAAACCAAAUAAUCAGGAUCCUCUUCAGUAAUCUGCAGAAGUUGGGAGAUGUCUUGUCUGUUUAGGCUCUUUGUGUUUCUUUCUGGUUUCUGCUACAUUUUUGCUUCUCCAGAAGUCUGCACCAACUCCCUCAUACCCGGAGCUAAAGGAGAUCAAGGUGAUUAUGGAGAACAGGGAGAAGAGGGAAAGCUUGGGAAGAACGGACCACCGGGAUUGGCAGGUGUGCCAGGUGAACCAGGUCUUAAAGGAGAAGUAGGCCCCUCAGGAAAAAUGGGCCCGAUUGGAGAGAAAGGUGACAAAGGUCCUAAAGGUUUUGAUGGACCAGUCGGGAUCAAAGGACAAGCUGGUGUAACAUGUGACUGUGGGAGGUACAGGAAGGUGGUCGGACAGCUUGAUGAGAAUUUAGGGAAGCUGAGGAACACUGUUAAGUUUGUGAAGAACGUUGUGCUGGGCUUGAAGGAGACAGAGGACAGAUAUUACCUGCUUGUGAAGGAGCCCAAGAAGUUCAGAGAGGCUUCUAUGAACUGCAAGCUAAGGGGAGGCGCGCUGGCUAUGCCAAAAACUAACAACAUCAACCGGCUCAUGGCGGACUACAUCAGUCAAGCAGGGCUGACGAGGGUUUAUGUUGGAGUACAAGCUCAGAGCAAAGGCACAGAUGGAGCUGGAAGUUAUAUUUAUGCAGACUCCACGCCUCUGCGGGAGUUUGCGGUGUGGAGCCAGGAAGAGCAGUUAUAUUCCACAUCAUCUCCAGCCAUCAACAUCAGCUGCGUGGAGCUGCUCAACACUGGGACGUGGAAUAAAGUGGAGUGUGAAACUCCUCUGUUCUUCCUCUGUGAGUUCCCAAAGAGCAGGAGAAGAGGCAGAGGAGGAGCGGCUGCUUCUGCUUCGUAAUGACAUUUAAAAUGAGGGAAAAUCAAUAUGACUAGUUUGCUGUUUUUGUCCACGGAUACAGAGAGUGACAGCAAAGAGUUGCCCUUGCUAAAAGCGGGAUUGGAAGAAGUGCCGAGACAAGUUCAGCUGCUUUUAAUAACAUUAUCUGAAAUAUGUAACUCAACAAAACAUUUAGUUCGUUGUUGUACAGGAAAAUAUGCAUUUAGUAUGGUGAUUUCCUUUCAAAUGUCAUAAUUCUUAAUAGUUUUUAGUGCUGUCACCAUGUUUUAAUUAUCUAUAAUUUACAUUAUGUCUGGCAUCAAAAAAUAAUGGAUACAUUUAAUGCAAAUAUGGGUUGCCUUUCAGCUAACUUUACUCAUACACUCCCUGAUUCCAGAGAUGUUUUAACCUGUUUAUGCUCCUGAGGGAUAGCACAGCUACAACUAGAGGUUGGUCUUUAUUCCUACUUUAAAAUCAAGUUUAACAGUAAAGCACAAGAUAACUGAGUUCAACAUACACAAGCAGAAAACGGCAGCUUGUCAAAACAACCAUAUCCAAAAAUAAAACAAAAAGCUAGUUUAUCAAGUUUCAACAUCUGACCCAUAACAUCCAAUGUAUGACAACAACGACUGUUGUUGGUUGAUGAUGGCCAGGGGGUUGUUAAUUACAAAAUCAGCAUUCUGCUUGUACCAAGAUUUUAGAGCAAGAUCUGACAUGUCUGACAGCAGGUGGCCAGAACUGAUGGCAAGAUUCUGUCUCCUUCUGGGUUUUAUUGUAAUUUACUUUGCAAUGUACAGAUUCAUAAAUUUUAAUAAUGAUAGCGUCACAUGAGAAAUCUGUGAUUUUAAUUAAGUGUCAUUGUAGAUCUUUGGAAUCUUAAUAAUUGUAGUCAAAUAAAUAAAACAGAGCCACUGUUUGACUUUAUUAAGGUGUCAAUAAAUUUUUACUCACUUAUCUGUGA